GUUGGGGGGGGGGCGGAGAAACAGUAGUUGAUCUAUCAGCGGUCAGGGGACUGCAACAGGUUCGACGCAGAGGACCAACCUGCAAUUCCGACUCUCAGUGGUGGUUUGGGUUCUCCCCGCCCCUACUCCGGCACCUCCCUAGCGCCGCUCUCCGGCGCAAAGCCCGCCCACUGUAUGCGCUGAGCCACCACUUCCGCCCUCACCUCCCUCCAAGCAAGAUGGCUGAGGAACCGGAGUCUUCGCUGCAGCUUCCUCCCUCAAUUGCUGCUGAAGGUGAAGGACCCACGGAGGUCUCCCCAGAAACAGCCACUCCGGAGCCCCCUUCUUCCGCUGCAGUCUCUCCGGGAACAGAAGAACCUGCCGGUGACACCAAGAAGAAAAUUGACAUCCUGCUAAAGGCUGUGGGAGACACUCCUAUAAUGAAAACAAAGAAAUGGGCUGUAGAGCGAACCCGAACCAUCCAAGGACUCAUUGACUUCAUCAAAAAGUUCCUUAAACUGGUGGCUUCAGAACAGUUGUUUAUUUAUGUGAAUCAGUCCUUUGCCCCCUCCCCAGACCAGGAAGUUGGAACCCUCUAUGAGUGUUUUGGCAGUGAUGGUAAACUGGUCCUGCAUUACUGCAAAUCUCAGGCAUGGGGAUGAGCUACAGAGGAAAAGAUAUUGAUAACUUAAAAUGAAUCUUCACAAAGCAAACAGCUCUGAAAAGUUUUGAUCUUGUGGCAAGAGACUUGUGGAUGUGAUCUCUUCAGCAUGCAUCUACUGUGACCCAUGUCUAUACAUUUAAAAUAUCCACAGAGUAGAUGGACUCACAAAAAUGUGAUUUGUAUUAAAACACAAAUCAGCAUAAAAGAUUGACAUUAGGGUUUACCCAUUACUACAACUAUUGCUCCAGAGCUGCCUCCAAAGUGUUGAAAAGGAGACUAAGAUUAUAUAAAGCUGCUUUUGUACCACUUCUCAAAAUGACUGAAACUGUUUACUUGAAAAAUUAGCACUCUGCUGAUUCCCCCCCCACCAUAAAAGUCAGUUUACUAAA